CAAAGGAGGAGCUGGUUUAAUUAUUUUAGAAGCAACAGCAACCUCACCAGAAGGAAGAAUCAGCUAUAGUGAUAGUGGAUUAUGGAAGGAUGGACAAAAGGAGCAAUUAAAAAGAGUUAUAGAUUUUUGCAAAAUCUUUGGUCCGCGUAUGGGUAUUCAAAUAGCUCAUGUAGGAAAAAAAGCAUCAACUGAACCUCCAUUUCUUGGACAUAGAAAACAAGGUUUACCAUUUGAUGACCCUAAAGGAUGGGAAGUUGUAGGUCCAAGUGAAGAUAAUGAUUCAAUAAAAUACUUUCCCAAUAAUCAUAAUACAAUAAAUCUUGAUAUUAUUGAAUGA